AUGCGGUGCCUCUUAUUCAACCUCCUUCUCGGUUCCUUCGUCUUGGUUGGAGGCACGUAUCGUUCGUGGGAUGCUAUACUCGGUGCAAGGAUGGGCCGAGCAGCGCGCACGUCGCUAUCGGCUAAACUUGCUCCAUCUUUCGACCCGCCGUACGCUUCUGGAUGUGAGGAUAGAUUGAGUUGCGAAAGCCUGACUCGUGAUCGUGUUUCCGGCCUCUCUGUCGUGGCUUUUGUGAUUACGCGUCGUGAGUGCUGGACAUCGUCCUGGGUAGCGGUAUCCCUCCGGAAGCUCAAGUGCUUGUCGCUGAAGAUGCGGCGCAGAAACCGAGGCAUGAUUUCAAUAUGCACGAUGAUGAUGAUGAAGAAGAAUGCAGGGACUCGAGCGAAGAAAGGAUACGUUAACCUGGCCCCAGUAGUGUUAUCGACGAGAUGGUGA